AUGGCCUCGCCAAACGACGGCGCACACCGCUCUGUCAAGACGUGGCUCAAAUCUCUCCUGUCCCACGACAGGCCCGGCGCCAACCCUGGCCUCGACGAUCCGGCCCUAAACGCUCCGGGUCCAUCCGAAACAGCGCCUCAAGACUCAGCAGCAUCAUCCUCGGCCGCGCCGGAUCCUCGCCGGCACAGCAUGCCAAUAGACCUCAUCUCCUUUCAUCAGGCCGUAGCGCUCUCCGACCCGACAGAUCAGCCGCAAGCGCAAGCCGCCGCUGCCGCGAGCCCAUCCGAACAUCGCGACCCCCCGGAAAGGGCGAUCAAUCUCGACAAGGCCGUGGCGGCUCAGCCGGCCAAUGCUGCACCUCUUGCUAUCCAGGCAAGGCGGACCAACAUCGAUCCCGGCCUGACAGCCUCGACGUCAAGCACCUUCCUGGAGCCACCGCCGGUCCGCCACAGCAUCAGUAUCUCGAGGUCUCUUGGUCAGGGCGUCUCCACGCUGCAAGAGCGUCUGAGCCAUCGGCGGAGGGCCAGCGAGACAUUCAAACGGAUGCGCUCCGUUAGCGACGGCGCUUCUGCCAAGCCGGACCCAUCCAGCCUCGGCCCGAUCAGGCGCGACGUUGCCGCGGCGUCUCCGUCCCAAGACCGCACAGACGCGCGCAGUCGGUCCGGUGCACCCGACGGCGCCAGUCUACAGAGGGCCGCGCCCACCAGCCCAAAGUCGGCCAGCUCGGCAGCGCUUUUCGGCGAAUCAGAGGCUCUGGCAAGGGUGCGCACAAACGAGUCGGUCCAGUCGUCGUCCGACUCGCUCUCGGCCACGGAUGCCGCCUCUGCCAGCCCUGGUGGCCUCCUUUUGCCAGGAGGUGAGCCCAUGCUCAAAGUCACGCAAAAGAAGGUCAAGCAGAGGACCUUUCACCUAGAUGCCGAUCGCGGCCAGAUCACCUGGGAGAGCAAGAGGGACAACAAGGUGAACCUCGAGACGUUACGAGAGGUGCGCUUUGCGUCGUCGGCGGCGUCGUACCGCACUUCACUCAACAUCUCCUCGAUCCACGAGUCGCGAUGGAUCACCGUCAUCUACCAGGCCGGCGGCAUCUACAAGGCACUCCAUGUGAUUGCGCUUAGCGACGCCUCGGUCGAGCGCUGGCGAUCCAGCCUGCUGCACCUCCAGACCCUGCGAAAGGAGAUCAUGCAAGGAGUCGGCGCGGCCGGCAGCUCCGAGGCGCGCAGGAACCUCUGGCUCAAGCACCACUGGAGAGAUGCCGACGAGAAGAAGGACGAGAGGCUCUCCCUAAACGAGGUACAGAAGCUGUGCCGCAAGCUGGGCAUCGAGAACAGCCGAUCCAACCUGCGCACCUGUUUUGAAACGGCAGACUGGAGGAAGAGAGGCUACCUCGACUUUGAGGACUUUCAGAUCUUCGUCCGCCUCCUCAAGCGCCGUGUCGACCUCGAAGCCAUCUUCCUCCGACUAGCAGACAUUGACCUGAGUGCCACCGGAGCGGUCGGCAUGGCGGCGAUGACGGACAGCCCAGCUGGGGAGGCGACCCCUCAAGCGCGGACCACAACGACGGAAGGUCCGCCGCGCGUCUUGCCUGGAAGCCUGAGUACGCGCGGCUUGAGUCAGGCGGCAUUCGCGAGGUUCCUCGUCGAGGAGCAAAAGUUCCCCGUCCUCGGCGAUGAUGAGCUGCGCGAGAUCUUUGCACGCUACUCGCAAUGCAGCUCCGAUACGCCAAGCCAAGGUCGGAUCGUGGGCUACCUCGGGUUCCUGGACUUCAUCACAUCGUCAGACAACCCGCCGCUGCUGGAUCAGGCACCUGUGCCGUCUUGUCCGGGAAGCGCAGGACAGACGAGGGUGACCGACUGCAGGUCCACGGCCCUCUCGCAGACGGAUGCAACACGCCAGACCGGAACAGAUCUCCCCGAGCAGUCAAAGCAGGCCAACGACGAGGCGGAGCGCACUCCAAGCCGUCCGCCCCUCCGACCUUCGGUUUCGGCGUCCGGUCUGGGAACUGCGGGCGGCCAGUCCGACCCACCGCUCCGGGCCCAGGCCGAGACAGCAGAGGAGCUGCUCGCGGCGGGCGCCAGCGAAGCCGACUGCCGCAAGCUACCAGUCAACUUCCGCAGAUCAGCAGUGACGCAGGACAUGACGAGGCCGCUGAGCGACUACUACAUCAGCUCCAGCCACAACACGUACCUGGUCGGCGGGCAGUGGAAGGGCGACAGCACCGUCGAAGGCUACAUCCGAGCGCUGCUGCAGGGCGCAAGGAGCGUGGAGCUCGACUGCUGGGACGGUCCGAACAACACUCCACAGAUCACCCACGGCCGGACUCUCACCAGCAAGGUCCCCUUUGCCGAUGUGAUCGCGGCGAUCGGGCGGUAUGCGUUUGUCACAUCGCCCUACCCGGUCAUCCUCUCGCUCGAGGUUCAUACGGACGUGUCUCAGCAAGAGGUGAUGGCCAAGAUCCUGCGCGACACGCUCGGCGACCGCCUCUUGUCCGAGAAGCUCGAUGACGAGUGCCACAGCCCGACGAGCACGGAGCUGCCAUGUCCAGAGGCGCUGAAGUACAAGAUCCUCGUCAAGGCCAAGAACCUGUAUCUGGCAGAAGGCCGGCCGGACAUGCUCAAGCAGGCGCGCUCGCCCGCAGCUGAAGAGCCGGCCGUCGUCGUCGAAGCGCAACCGGCAACGACGACGACCGACGCGACCGAGUCCGACAGCGACGCGCUGCUCUCGAGUGCGCGAGAUCUCGUGCGGAGGGUCACCAAGAGGCGAUCGCGCAAACCAGACGGCGUUGCCGAAGCCGCGAUCAGUGCCGACAAAGCCAAGCCCGUCACCAAGGUGCUCAUGUCGGCCUCGCUGGCCGCGCUGCUGGUGUACACGGUCGGCGUCAAGUGCCGCGGCUUCAACAAGAAGGAGGUCUACGCAACCGAGCACAUGAUCUCGCUUUCGGAGAAGACGGCGCUCAAGUUCAUCCGCGACGCCGUGACGCGCGAUGCGCUGAUCAAGCACAACCGCUCGCACCUGACGCGCAUCUACCCGUCAAUGAGCAGCUUCGCCCGCCUGCACGCAAGCCGCAACUUUUCGCCGCUCGACAUGUGGGCGGCCGGCUGCCAGCUGGUGGCGCUCAACUGGCAGACGAUGGACCUGGGUUUCGAGCUCAACCAGGCCAUGUUUGCGCGCAACGGCCGCUGCGGCUACGUGCUCAAACCGCCCGCGCUGCGGAUCAAGGAGCAGGCCAAGUCCUCGUCUGGGCAGCGGCUCCGCUUCUGCAUCGACCUCGAGAUUAUCUCGGCCCAGCAGCUGCCCAGGAAGGGCAGGGACACGGCCAAGGAAAAGGAGAGCGACGAUCGCGAGCCCAUCGACCCGUUCGUCUCGGUCUCCAUCAUGGUACCCGAGUGCUGGGGGCGGCAACCCCCGAGCUUCGUGCGCGAAGCCAGCGCGGAAGCCUCGAUCGCCACGGUCGCUUUUGGGGAGAAUGGGCUGGCCAAGGUGUCGUCAAGGGAGGCCAAGAAGGGCCCGCCGCGGAGCAGCAGCUUGCCGUUAGAACCGGGUCUGCCCACCGUCGAGUCGCCACUUCCGAUGACUCCAUCAGGGCCCGAGGAUGACCCGGUCGAUCUGCAGCACUUUGCAGCGGCGGUGUCGAGCAACGCACCUGCUCUGCCCGGUGGGCUCCUCAAGUCGCCGACGAGCGCAUCGGUUCCACUGCCCUCCACGGGACGCACGUCCACCGUCCAGGACGCGGACAGGCCAGGCCAGAGCAGCAGAGGCUCGGUGCCGUCAGCCGGCUCGGGCAGUGCCGAGGCCAGCAUGGUGCCCAAGCCGUCGAGCACCCGCCUGCGCACGCCCGUGGUCAAGGGCAACGGCUUUAGCCCACGCUGGAACACGAGCAUGAGUGUCCAGCUGGAGCUUCCUGCGGGCGCCAACCUGGACCUCGAUGCGAUCGGGGCCGAGGGCGGCGUGCAGAAGCUGAGCCGAGGUCUGCUGGACCUGUGCUUCCUGCGCUUCGAGGUGUACGACGAGGAUCUGAGCGGGUCCGACGCCACCAGCGACACGAGCAGCAUGAGCAGCAUCGAUGGCGACUGCAUCUCCGCCUAUGCCGUCUCGGUGGGCUCGCUGCAGCAGGGCUACCGCCACCUGCCCCUCUACGGCGCCGAGCUGUCGCAGUUCCUCUUUUCGACGCUGUUCAUCCACAGCCGCAUCCGCUUCGUCGGCGUCGUCGGUAGCAAGACGGGGGCAAAGUCGAGCCCCGACGCUGGAACGCCAAGAUGA